AUGUCCGCGCCGCUCUCGAAGAAACAGCAGAAGGCGCAGUCCUUCCGCGCGAAGCAAAAGGCGAAGCGCGCCGCCGUCCCCGACCUGCCGGAACAAGAUGACGAUGUCGAGGUUUCCGAGUCGGCCGACCUAGCUUCGACCUCCACCUCUGCCAAAGCCAAGCCUAGCAAGGCCAAGGCCGAACCCCCCGUCGACGAGGACGAGGCGUACGCCCCCCUUCCCGAGAAGAAGAAGGACGACUCGGCCGAUGGAGAGAAGGCAGGAGGCAAGAAGAAGCGGAAACGCACCGACGGCGACGGCACCGAGGACGCCGAAAUUGAGGGAUACGGCAAGGUGCAGAAACACCGGAGGGUGACGGAACCCAAGCCGAAGAAGGAGGUGGCGCAGCGCUUCAUCCUCUUCCUGGGCAAUAUUGGGUUCAAGACGACAAAGGACGAGGUCGCGGCACACUUUAAGGAGUCUGUUGGCCGCAUCCCCGCCGUCCGCCUCCUCACCGACAAAGCGACGGGCAAGUCGCGCGGCAUCGCCUUCCUCGAGCUCGCGAACGGCAACGAGCUCCAGUCCGCGCUGAAGCAGCACCACAGCAUUCUGAACGGGAAGCGGAUCAAUGUGGAGCUGACGGCUGGCGGGGGCGGGAAAUCCGAGGGAAGGCGCGAGAAGCUGAAGCAGCGCAACGAGCGUGUCUCUACGCAGCGCGAGAAGCGCGAGAAGGAGGCCAAGGAGAAGGAGGCCAAGGCCAAGGCGGCCAAGGGCGACCAGGCGGGUCAGGCUGCUGAACAGCCCCCGAUCGUGGGCGAGAUGAGCAAUCAGGGAGCCAAGAUUGGAGCCGGUGGUGGCGGCGGGGACGCGGGUUGGGGAGCACCUGUUGGCGAAGGCUACAAGAUGCGCGGUGGACGGCGAGUCAAGGUCAAGCCGUCUGGAGGUCCCGGAGGCGACAGAGAGAGGAGGCCGCAGCGGCCCAAGUGGCAGCCGACUGGGGCCAACGCGCAGCCGCUUGCAUAG